AUGCCUCUCUUCUUUCGCAUUAGCGGAACCGAGUGGCUGGAACACCUCCUAGAUGUACCAAGCUGGGAUGUUCGCGAGUCUAUUAAGCUUGCCCAGCUGCUGGCCGCUCGCGGUGUAGAUAUUCUUGACGUUUCGAGUGGGGGAAAUGAUCCAAGGCAAAAGAUUAACGGUGGUCCUGGAUACCAAGCACCGUUUGCUCGCCAGAUAAAGGAGGUAGUGGGUGAUAGCCUUCUUGUGAGUACGGUUGGAACAAUUACAUCGGGGGUUCAAGCAAACAACCUAUUGGAGGAGGGACUUGACAUUGUCCUUAUCGGUAGGAUGUUUCUGAAGAAUCCUGGUUUGGUCUGGGCUUUUGCAGAUGAAUUGGGUGCUCACAUCAAAGUCGCAAACCAGAUUCAAUGGGGGUUUGGUGGCCAUCGCAGGAAGUGA